UUUCGUCGUGUCAUAAAAGCAUGAAACCCUAACUCUUCGUUUAGACCUUCGAUCAACGCCCAGAAAUGGAGGGUUUGCAGAAGUUCUACAGCAAGGUAGCUAAAGACGCGAAAUCAACCUUUAGUUCGUCGUCUCCCCUCUCCGAGUUUACCGAUAAUCUGAUUCAGAACACGCGCUCCGGAAAUUUGACUUCAAACGACGAAUCUCGUGCUCUAGUCAGCAGACCUCCGAGCGGCAUUUCCUUGUGGAACUGUUCGAAGUUAUGUGCUAUUUUCUUUGUUGCUGGAGUGUUUGUGGGCUAUACUCUUAAGAGACGGGUCAAGCGUUGGGCUUCGAAACUUUUGAGAAGAUUAAAGGACGAUUGACGCAUUCAAGUACAAUUUUGGUAACAGCACAAUUAUGUUUUUGCAACGCUCUACUUCUAGUUGGAUUAGGUCUGAAUUAUCCUUAUUUUCAAGCUCUUGGUGCUCAAGUUUUUAAUUGUUGU